AUGGAUACCAAAGGUAGCCAAGAUACUUCCUCUGCCAAUCUGAACACUAUCCCCUUGACUGAAGAAGGAGUUGUAUACAUUGCCAUUAAGGGCUCCCUACAUGCAUCUGAUUGUUCCGUCUUUGGAUUAGGCGAUGAUGAAAUAAGAGCACUGACUAAAAAAUACCCCGGAUCUGGAGUUGUUGUAAAUGGAGUCGGCAUUAAAACUAAUGUGUUACAUGCUAUAAACUCGUUGUCGCAACUUGGCUAUAAAAUAAUCUCAAGCACCGGAGAAAAUGAGAUCACCUGGACUCUUCAGCGUGAGCUAUAAAUGUUAACAGAUAUAUUUCUUUCUAUGUCUUUGCUGUCUUUAUAUGUUUAGAAAUGGAUCAUGUCAAUUGUGAUCACACUCACUGCACAACUGCAAACCAAUCGGUUUGUCAGACACUAUCGGAAAUGGAAUGGGA